AGCGUGUUCAACCCACACCAUCUAUGACCGCCAGGCUUUCCAUCUAGCGUUCGUCGCCAGCGGCAGCGGUGACGACGACGUCGGUGGCAGCAGCAUAGGACACUCUCCUGCAGAGAAGCUUCAUGCCAACAUCCACAACACAAGCCCAGACGUGUGAGCGCAAACCAAGUCUCGCCGUUUACUCGAACAUGACGCGGGUACACUUACUUUCAGUAUGAUUGACUGAUUUUGGAUAGAGAGAGGAUGCUCCCAAGUCGGAUGUUGUCCGAUCGCCUGUUGUUCAACUGGAAUCGGACCAAUCGCAGCGUGGCAAACAUGCAUGUCUGUGCUCAUCGCCAACACCUGCGAGCGAGAGAAGGGAAGAGUUGGGGAAGCGAGGUCUGCAUUCCUGUGCGCCAUUCCGCCAGAGGCCCCGGAUCCGAGCGCGCAUGACCCACGACGGCUGCCUCUCGCUCUUGCUGCUGGCCUUGUGCAGUCUCACGCUCCACGUCGGCGUCCAGGCCUUCGCUCUUGACUUUCGAGGUAGGCAGCGUCUCGUCGUGAAGCGAAGGGAUCACUUGAGCCUCAUUGUUGUCUGUCAUUGCAGUGCCUGGUCUCAAUACGCUGCAUGAAGCUAUCUGUUCGUAUCUUGGCUGCGAAGCAGAAGCUCAACUCGAUGUCUCUGCGAUAAACGACGACCUGUUCCCGACCGAGAUGCCACUGGAGCUGCUUGGAGAGGAAACCGUGCGCAAAUACCCUGCGUUCCCUCACUCGCCGCUGCUAGUGGCGGCAGGCACGCGUGAUGCUGUAGUGCUGCGUUGGCGAAGCUUCGAGACGACCUUGUGGCCUGUAGAGCGCUUCGUUCUCGAGCGCUAUCCAGACACAGAAGACCAGCCACAGUGGACUACACUGCUGGACGAGAACACGUCGGAAUUAAUCGACUUGGACGUCCAACCCGGACGGAGAUACGCCUACCGUGUCCAAGCCAUUUGCAGGGAGAAUAUAUCGAGUGCGUACGAAUACCACUGGACUCAGGUAGACGACGUGAAGAGCAGCACAGCUACGUGUCGUGUGCUGAGCUCAGUAGGAACACUCAACGCCGAAGGGCUCCGCUCGCUAGGCCUUAUCUUCGCAUGUUUCUUGACGGUCUAUGGCCUCAUGCGGGCCAGUGUUAUGGGCGUCCAGGGCACGCAAUCUCGUAGUUAUCGUCUCAAGCGAAUAAAGAAGUCCACGUCCGAGGGAGUGGCUCCUGCGGUCAGUGUGUCUACAGGACAGGGGGUCUCCAUGUUGCCAAGACGGUCUUCAACGUCGACGUCCAGCUCGUCACCGUCCAUAGAGGUCGAUCCGAGCCUACGCGGCAGCCUGUUCGAAGCCACCCCCGCCAGCACGACAGCUAAUACGAGCUUGACCCGUGCGCACAGCAGUAUGGACGCUGCGCCGCGCCACGAGUCGUCCCAGACGUUCCGACCUAUGUCGCGCUCGAUUGGGACUAUUGCAGAGAAAAUCAUUGCGUGCCAGCAUUGCGGAAAGCGUUUCGGACUCUUCCGGAAACGGUAUCUCUGUGAUAUCUGCCACUCCGUGUCGCUGUGUCGGAAAUGCGGCUACCAGGCGUCUGUCGACAGCUUCGCCAACGCGAGGACCGGGAUGCAGAUGAACUCGGUCGGAGGCCGCGGAAUGGGUCGACGCAGGUUAAGUAUCAGUCAGCAACAGCAAAAGAAGCUCAAGAUCCGCACUAUUUGCAGGAACUGCUGUGACGACAUGUACCGCUACUCCACCCACGCGAGUGUGAGACCGUCGUAUAUCCCUUCAGAAAUGUAAGAAGUGAUCGUAGCACGUUAAUGGUUAUCAAUUAUCUUGUCCUCUUGUUAACAGUCUGC